AUGAAAUUCCUACCUGUGGCAUAUGUGCUGCUUCUGCGGGCAGCCUAUGCUGCUAACAACUCAUCGGUUCCUCUUUACAAAAACCCCCAUGCAAGCGUCGAGGCGAGGAUAGCAGACCUGCUUCCGCGAAUGACAUUGGCAGACAAGACCGCACAGCUAGUGCAAGGAGAUAUUUCGAAUUGGAUCAAUACAACCACCAAUGCAUUCAAUGCCUCCGGAUUACAAUUUAACAUGGAAAAGAGAGCCGGUCAAUUUUACGUUGGGUACCCGGUCCCGCAGCAAUGGAUUUCGGAAGGCGUACGAAUUGCUCAGGACUACUUGAUCCAUAACACCACACUGGGAAUUCCAGCUUUGGUGCAGAGUGAGGGGAUUCAUGGGUUCCUAAUUGGCAAUGCUACCAUCUUCAACUCACCCAUCGCGUAUGCUUGUUCCUGGAAUCCGGCCCUGGUCGAAAAGAUGGCUGCGGCAAUCGCGCAGGAGUCUCUGGCACUGGGCGUGAAUCAGCUAUUUGCUCCUUUGGGAGACUUGGCUCGAGAGUUAAGAUAUGGUCGUGUUGAAGAGACUUUUGGGGAAGAUGGAUACCUCGCGGGAGAAAUUGGCUACAGUUUUAUCAAAGGCAUGCAAGGUGGAAACGUCUCAGCUACAGUCAAACAUUUUGCUGCAUUCGGGACGCCGGAACAAGGCCUAAAUACUGGACCAGUACAUGGAGGAGAGCGCGAACUCCGUACCACAUAUCUACCAUCUUACAAACGUCAAAUCAUUGAUGCUGGGGCGUAUUCUAUCAUGUCUGCAUAUCAUUCUUACGAUGGCGUUGCACUUAUUGCAAACCAUCACAUUUUGACGGAUAUUUUAAGAGAUGAAUGGGGGUAUAAGUACUGGGUAACGAGUGACGCUGGCGCUACGGAUCGGCUUUGCAAUUCAUUCAAGAUGUGCGAAUCUCAUCCUUUGGACAAAGAAGCGAUAACAUUAUAUGCUCUGCCGGCCGGCAAUGAUGUUGAGAUGGGAGGCGGUUCCUACAGCCUCGAAAAUAUCCCCGAUCUCGUUGAAUCGGGGAAACUCAGCGUCGAUUUGGUCGACACUGCAGUUUCGAGGCUCUUGCGAGCAAAAUUCGAAAUGGGACUCUUUGAAAACCCGUAUCUUGGGGCACCCGCGAACCAAACUUCGUCUCUAAUACACACGCAUGAAAAUGUUGCUCUUGCCCGUCAGCUCGAUUCGGAGUCGAUUGUUUUAUUGGAGAACUAUGACCAAACGCUGCCAUUGUCGAAGACGGCAAACAUCGCAGUGAUUGGACCAAUGGCUCAUGGGUAUAUGAAUUACGGAGAUUAUGUUGUCAAUGGAAGUCAAUAUCGUGGAGUGACACCUCUGGACGGCAUCAAAUCUGCUGGAAAUGGAUCUAUUACGUAUGCCCAAGGCUGCGAGCGAUGGUCCAACGAUCAAUCCGGGUUCGCGGAAGCUGUGGCUGCUGCUUCAGCUGCAGAUGUAGCUGUGGUAGUCGUGGGGACUUGGUCUCGUGACCAGAAUCAGCUUUGGCAGGGGUUGAAUGCGACUACCGGAGAACAUGUAGAUGUGGCUUCUCUGAACCUAGUCGGAGCAAUGCCACAUUUAGUGCAGGCGAUCAUCAAUACCGGGAAACCGACCGUAGUCGUUUUCUCUUCCGGCAAGCCUAUCACCGAAUCUUGGAUUUCAAGCAGCGCAUCCGCACUCGUCCAGCAGUUCUAUCCCUCAGAAGAAGGAGGUAACGCCCUCGCCGACAUUCUCUUUGGAGAUGUUAACCCAAGCGGAAAGUUAUCUGUGGGCUUUCCUUACGACGUCGGUACCACCCCGAUUUAUUAUGACUAUCUCAAUUCCGGGCGGCCUGUCGAUGCCGGUAAAGUAAAUGACAAUGGGACCCUGGACUUUGGUCACCAAUACGUUCUCAACUCGCCUUUACCACUAUACUCCUUCGGUUACGGGCUAAGUUAUUCCAGCUUUCAAUACUCUAAUGUGACAUUGUCGAAAUCGACUGCUAGUGCCAGUGAUACGAUCACGGCCUCAAUUCAAAUCACUAAUAAUUCAACACGGGACGGCACAGAAGUUGUCCAGCUUUAUAUCAAAGACCUUAUUUCAAGCGUUGUAGUCCCAAACCUACAGCUCAAAGGAUUCUCGAAGGUUGAAAUAGCUGCUGGCAAGACGGAAACUGUCAAUAUCGACGUGUCUGUUCAGGAUCUUGGCUUAUGGGACAUAAACAUGAAAUAUGUGGUGGAACCAGGUGAUUUUGUAGUCUGGGUUGGCAGUUCAAGCGCGGAUUUAAGGGGCAAUGCUACCUUCACUGUGGCUUGA